AUGGCCGAAGCAGACACUGACUUGACUGAUGAUAUGGUGGAGGAACCAGAGUGCCUGGAACUUCCAGAACCCCAGGACGAUGGUACCUUCCAACAAGUCACCAACCUCUUAAACAUCAUGGAGACUGAGUCAGCGAAGAUGGACACCACGGGGGUAGGUGUGGACAUGCGCAAGACACUGGCCUCCGUGAUAAUCACAGAGAAGGCCACCACCCAUCCCUCUGUGGUGGUGAACGCUCUCAUCCGCUGCCUGCAGGUGCCCGAGAUAUCCACCCAGCGCAAGGUGAACAUCUACAGCACCCUGCAGGAGAUUAUCCGGCAGGAGGGGGAGCUGGAGGAGAACUGCGUGCAGAGGCUGCUGGCCAUUGCCUCCCAAGAGAUGAGGGACCUCCCCGAGCAGGAGAGCUGUGAGAAGGCAGAGGCGGCCAGUGACACUCUGGUGGCUCUGUCCCGAAACCACUUCAGCUUGGUCAUGUACGAGCUGCAGCACCACCUCAAGCCCCUAGACCUCACCGAUGAGUUCGUCAUUGUCACCUUGGCCAAGAUGGCCCACAGCAACGUGUUUGAGUUCAUGCCGUACAUGGGCAUCACCCUGGCAACCAUAUUUACAAUGCUGAGACUUGCCAAUGAAGCCAAGAUGCGCCAGGUGAUCUGUAGUGCCAUGGAGACCUUCUGUGAGACGGUGCAGUUUUACCUGCGGCACCUGGAGGACAGCCUGUACCCGGUGAUGACUGAGGAGCAGUUCGCUGUCAAGCUCUUUCCCAUGUAUCGCUACUUUGUGACCGUGUGGCUGCGCCACCACAAUCUCGAGGUGAAGUUGGGGGUCAUCAAAUCCCUGAAGCCCAUGCUGAGCCUCCUCCUGCCCAACGAUGACCUGCGGGAACAGGUCUACGACUACAUCCCUCUGCUGCUGGCUGAGUUCCAGGGUGGCCUGGAGGCCCUCUUUAUCACGCAGGUCUUGAGGCAGAUUCUAGAAAUGUCGGUCACCACCAACACUCCCAUACCCCCAAUGCUGCUGCAGCCCAUUUUCACAGAACUGCACACCCAGGUGUGCACCAAGGCCCCAGCCCAGCACCAGUUCAGCAGUCAGAAUCUGACGGAGAUCGUGCACUGCUUCGUGGCCCUGGCUCGCUCCUACCCCAAGGAGCUCAUGAGGUUCUGCUUCAGCCAGGUGGAGCUGAGCAAGGAGGCCAUCCGUGUCGGGACGCUGGCCCUCAUCCGGGCGGUGGUGAGCGCGGAUGACCCCAAAAUGAACAUCAGGACCAUCUACCUGGCCAUCCGGGUCGUCAAGAACACCCUCUCCGACACCAGGUCCAAGGUAAGGAUGGCUAUUCUGCGAAUCAUCAGCCAGUUGGUUCUGUCUGGCUUCCAGGAGAAGAUCAAAGGCUGGGGUCUGAAAUACGUGUCUGUGCAGCUCACCUUAUCCACCUACAAAUUGACAAAUCGUCGGGACAGCUUUUAUCAGAGGGACUUAGAGGAGAAGAUGGUCCACAAAGUCACCAUGGAGACUGUGAAAAUCAUCACUUCUUCCAUCAGUGGCAUGACCAACGAGUUCUGGGUGAGGCUCCUGUGCUACAUCAUGGAGACGGACUACACUGAGGCCUUGACCCCCAUCUGCAUCAGCCUCACAAACCUGGCAGAGAACCAGAUGCGUGGCAAGGACCCCGAGGCCAGCGUGGCCGGCAAGAGCAAGCAUGUGGACCUGCCUGCACCCCAGAAGCUGCUGGCCCGUCUUCUGGUACUGAUGUCGUCACCCUACAAAGGGGAGGGCCGGGGGAUAGCCAUGCUUAACCUCCUGAGGACACUGAGCCAGAGCAUCGCGCCCUCCAUGGCUGACAUGUGGGAGACGGAGAUCCCGCUGCUGGUCCAGUACCUGGAAGAACACACCGAGUUUACUUGGAAUCAGAAGACCUGGGAGGACAAGCUGAUUCAGUUUCUAAGAAACUCCCUCAGGAAGACCCGUGGGACCAACUGGAGCCUGCGCCUGAGCAAGGAGCUCAACAACCAGCUGGAGGCCUUCAGCAGCCCUUCACUGGAGAAGGGCUUUCUGUACCGGGCCCUGGGCUUUACCUUAGGCACCGGCCUGGAGGCGGACAGGGUAGAGGUGUUGUUGCUGGAGCUGCUGUACAAGACCGACUAUAGCAACGAGUUUGACAGGGAGGGUGUGAUCCUGUGUUUCGGUCUAUGUGCCCGGGGCCAAGUGAAGACAGUGAUGAAUGUCCUCCAAGAAUUUGAGGAGAGGAUCCAGGAAUCGGAGCAGUCCUGGCAGAUUGGGGCCUGGCGGAAAGACCACCCCUGGAGACGGGAGACAGUGAAGAGUGCCCUCAUGGUGAUAUACAGCUGCGUGUCCUUGAACUGCCACCCCCAGAUGCUCCUUGCCUAUGCGGACAGCCCCAUCACUGCCAAGAUCAUUCACCACUACUCCAGCAGCUGCCAGGACACCAGCCUCAAAAUGGCCUUCAUGAAGAGUGUUGUGCAGGUCACCAGUGCCCUCCGAAGCAUCAAGGUCCUGGAGGAUUUCCAGUUUGCCCACAAGUCUGCUCUCACUGGCCUUAUAACAGUGAUCAUCAAGGCAGAGCCCACUGACCAACUGGUCUCUCCCGUGAGGAUGAUGGCGAUGGGCGCUCUCUCAUGCCUGAGCCCACUGAAGCCUUUCUACUCCUCAGAGGAAAGCAGUGAGCUCAUGGAUAUCAGCAUACAGUCCGUAAUUUCUCUUCAACCUCCAGGGGAAGACAAUGAAUCCAUUAAGACCCUGUAUGCGAAUGCCCUGAGCUCUUUGAAGCAGCUGAUGGAGCGUCUCCUGCAGAGGCAGAUGGAUCCCAAGGGGCUGCAGGAGAUGGUGCAUCUCCUGGAGAAGUGGAUCUUGUCUGAGAAAGAAUGGGAACGGGAGAAGGCCAUGACCCUCUACCUCCACCUCAUGCAGAUCUACGUCCAGAGUAUUGGUGUCUGCAUACCCCUGAAGCUGGGGCAGUUUGGCACACUGGUUGGACUUGUUGCCCCUUUCAUCUGCGACACCCACAAAAGGACCCGCAUGACUGCAACCAGCGUCCUGUCCAGCUUGCUAGAUCUUCAUGUAAGCCAGACCUGCUCCUUCUGGGGCGCUUCCGAUGAGAGGGAGCUCGAGGAAUGUACGCAGGACCUCCGGGACAUGGACAUGGAGCAGCUUUUCAGCGCGUCCUCCAGAAUUGCCAAGGUGGUCUGUCCAGAGUUCAACUGCGAGGAGGUGCUCUCGCUUGUCCAGAAGCUCUGCGAGAACAUUGGGGCUGUGGACCUGCGGCACGACAAGGCCACGGUCACCUGGAUCGGCACCUUCCUCCAGAUGCGGGUCCGGGAGCUGGAGGACAAGGUGCCUGAGAUCCUGGGUGCCAUUCUGGUCCACCUGCCAAUGGUGGACCACCCAGAGGUGCAGCAGCAUCUCAUCGAAGGCAUCCUCCUGUUGGCGCACUACCACCAAGAGACCGUCCUCACGUCACUCCUGAGGCAGCCACUGCCCAUGGAGAGACACCUGAUGGAAGUGUGGCUGGCUGUGGCAAAGAACGUGCCCUUCGCGCGUACCAUGCUCCUGGGACUGCUGGGCCGGCUGCAGGCGCGGUUCACCCCCAGGAUAAAUGCCACCUCCAAGGCUGACAUCUGGCGCCUGGCGGCAGUGGACCCUCUGAUGACCCUGUGUACCAUCCACCUCCUUAUGGAGAAGGUGGACUGGGACGAGAAGCUCCUGGAUCUCUUCCCCGACCUCCUCUAUACUUUCCUGCUCCAGCUUGGCAGUGGCCAUGGGCCCGAGGCCGCCUCGCCUGUGCUGAAGACCUGGAGGCUGGUCCACGCAAGACCCCUGCCAGAGGACAUGACCCUGCAGAGGACCACCAUCAAAUCCAUGCGCCUCUUGGUGGCGAGGAUCAACAACGACCGCCUGGCGCCAGCCCUGGAAGAACAGUCAGUGUGGGUCCUGCUGGAGAAAGGUGGAACCUUCCUGGAGGGAGUGAGCCUGCUGGUCAGGCUGUGCGUGCAGAACGUAGAGUGCUACAUGCAGAGGCUGGCGGAGCUGGUGCUCAGGGGCCUGGCCUCCGACGUCCCGAGCUGCCGCAUCAGCAGCACAGCCAUCUGUGCGGAAUUCAUGAGCAACCCAGUUCUGCACCAGGAGAAGCUGCUCAGGCCGUCGGUGCUGAUGCUGGAGAAGGGUGUGGAACAGGGUGAGGACGAGGAGCUUCAGGUGCUCUCGCUGCGCGCCCUGGGGAACAUGGCCCUCGGUGCUCCCAGAAAGGUGAAGCAGUACCGCAAGAUCCUGCUGGAGAAGUGCUCGGGCCCCCUGUGGGGACAGGCCAGCAGCAGCGUGACCGCCGAGGGCAUGGAGGCCCUGACCAAGAUCCUGCCUGAGCUCCGGGAGCGAGACAUGGGCUCCUCUUUCGAAGCCAUCUCUGAGAAGUGCAGGGUCUUCUUUGACAACGAGAGCGAGCUGCUGCGGGUGAAGGCCUUCAUCCUUUUCGGGAAGCUUGCCAAGGUGGUUGGAGUUUCCAAGAAGCGGUUCUUCAAAGGAGAAGUGAGGAGAGCCUGGGUCGCUCUCGUGCUGCACUGUCAGGACUCCUGCUGCAGUGCAGCCCAAGCCUGCACAGCUACCAUGUUUCAGUGCGUGCACUUCUGGGGCUGGAAGUCCCUGAAGAGGUCUUUGGGGCAAAGCGACCACAGCACCAAUGACCAGACGAUAGCUUUCCAGACAACCAUGUGCUCCAUCCUGGCUCAAAAAAAGCCUGCUGUUCUCCAUGGCUUCUUGCUGCAAACAAUGACGUACAUGAAAAAUAACUCAUCAACGAUUAGAAUUGCUGCCUGCAACUUGGCAGGAACUAUCUUGAAGCAGAUGUCUGCUCAUUUUCUAAAGAAGCUGGACUUCCUGGCAUUUCGGAAUUCUCUCCAGGAGCUACAGCUGGAUUCGGAUGCUGGGGUCAGGAGGACAGCCCUGGAAACCCUCAAGGUCCUGGACGGCUGCAGUCAGCCCUGGCUCCCGGCUCCACCCUGACGACUGUGCUCAGUGCCCAGAGCAAGCUGUAG